AUGAUUCAAACCAACAGUCCACAUAGCUCUGCAGGAGAAGAUGGUUCCGACGUUCUUGCUCCUGUUGUGUCUUUACUAUUGCUCAGGUAUCUUUCUGAUGAAUUCGGUCAUUUCUCUAUUGUUUUAGAAGGACAGUUCAUUAAUGAAUCGUCUCAAGACAAAAGGCUGUUUGCUCAACUGCAACCUUCUAAUCAGCUUGCGCUAAAUGAACAAGAUUCAUCUAUGAACCACUUGGACUCUCAUGUUCAUAAGCUUUUAGAUAUCGCUAUCGACAAAUUGAGUUCGAAAGUUCUUGUAUUCAGCUGUGCUCGAAAUGAUGGUCCUCCCUUAAGUUGCAAGACUGUUGAUACAAUGACAAUUUGUUUCAAUAAUUCGGAUAUUGUGGUUAUGGGGAUACCUCUUAUGUACAAGACCACAGACUAUGAGUUGAGACAGAUUGUCUCCUGGAUAUCCAGAUGUUCAGUGCAAAAUAAAACGGAGAAUGGCUACGUAACGCAACUGAUCAUCGAUCGUCUGAGACAAACGCCUAUUCUGUGA